UGCGCAGAGGGCAGCGGGUGGGUGGGCUGGAGGCGGUUGACGCGUCGGAGCCCCGGGCGGUCAGAGUUUGACCUUAUGGAGCAUGACCAGUAAGCUGUCCCGUUCUGGGCUGUGCUAGCGGGACCCUUCAAAGGAAGAGCAAUGGCCACGGCGGCGGCGGCUUCGCACCUGAACCUGGACGCCCUCCGGGAAGUGCUGGAAUGCCCCAUCUGCAUGGAGUCCUUCUCGGAGGAGCAGCUGCGGCCCAAGCUCCUGCACUGCGGCCACACCAUCUGCCGCCAGUGCCUGGAGAAGCUGCUGGCCAGUAGCAUCAAUGGUGUCCGCUGCCCGUUCUGCAGCAAGAUCACCCGCAUAACCAGCCUGACGCAGCUGACGGACAACCUGACGGUGCUGAAGAUCAUCGACACGGCGGGGCUCAGCGAGGCGGUGGGGCUGCUCCUGUGCCGCUCCUGCGGGCGGCGGUUGCCCCGGCAGUUCUGCCGGACCUGCGGCGUGGUGCUGUGUGAGCCCUGCCGCGAGGCAGACCACCAGCCUCCUGGCCACUGCACGCUCCCCGUGAAAGAGGCAGCCGAGGAGCGGCGGCGGGAGUUCGGCCAGAAGUUGGCCCAUCUGCGGGAACUGGUGGGGGAGCUGCAGCGGCGGAAGGUGGCCUUGGAAGGCGUGUCCAAGGACCUCCAGGCCAGGUACAAAGCCGUCCUGCAGGAGUACGGGCACGAGGAGCGCAGGGUGCAGGAGGAGCUGGCUCGCUCCCGCAAGUUCUUCACGGGCUCUCUGGCCGAGGCCGAGAAAGGCAACAGUCAGGCGGUGGAGGAGCAGAGCUACCUGCUCAACAUCGCGGAGGUGCAGGCGGUGUCCCGCUGCGACUACUUCCUGGCCAAGAUCAAGCAGGCAGACGUGGCGCUGCUGGAGGAGACGGCCGACGAGGAGGAGCCCGAGCUCACGGCCAGCCUGCCCCGGGAGCUAACCCUGCAGGACGUGGAGCUCCUCAAGGUCGGCCACGUGGGCCCCCUCCAAAUCGGGCAGGCUGUGAAGAAGCCCCGGACAGUCAACAUGGAAGAUUCCUGGGCCAUGGAGGCUGCAGCCUCCGCGGCCUCUACCUCUGUUACAUUUCGCGAGAUGGACAUGAGCCCCGAGGAAGUGGUUGCCAGCCCCAGGGCCUCACCUGCUAAGCAGCGGGGUUCCGAGACGGCCGCCAGCAUCCAGCAGUGUGUCUUUCUCAAGAAGAUGGGUGCCAAGGGCAGCACGCCAGGCAUGUUCAACCUCCCAGUCAGCCUGUACGUGACCAGCCAGGGCGAGGUGCUGGUCGCUGACCGUGGCAACUACCGGAUACAAGUCUUCACCCGCAAAGGCUUCCUGAAGGAGAUCCGCCGCAGCCCCAGUGGCAUUGACAGCUUCGUGCUCAGCUUCCUCGGGGCCGAUCUGCCCAACCUCACGCCUCUCUCAGUGGCCAUGAACUGCCACGGACUGAUCGGUGUGACUGACAGCUAUGACAACUCCCUCAAGGUGUACACCCUGGAUGGCCACUGUGUGGCGUGUCAUAGGAGCCAGCUGAGCAAACCCUGGGGCAUCACAGCCCUUCCGUCCGGCCAGUUCGUGGUGACUGACGUGGAAGGUGGGAAGCUCUGGUGCUUCACUGUUGACCGAGGAGCAGGGGUGGUCAAGUACAGCUGCCUCUGCAGUGCCGUACGCCCCAAAUUUGUCACCUGUGAUGCUGAGGGCACCGUCUACUUCACCCAGGGCUUGGGCCUCAAUCUGGAGAAUCGGCAGAAUGAGCACCACCUGGAGGGCGGCUUCUCCAUUGGCUCUGUGGGCUCUGAUGGGCAGCUGGGUCGCCAGAUUAGCCACUUCUUCUCGGAGAAUGAGGACUUCCGCUGCAUCGCGGGCAUGUGUGUGGAUGCCCGUGGCGACCUCAUCGUGGCUGACAGUAGUCGCAAGGAAAUUCUCCACUUUCCUAAGGGAGGGGGCUACAGUGUCCUUAUUCGAGAGGGGCUUACCUGUCCGGUGGGCAUCGCCCUCACCCCUAAGGGGCAGCUGCUGGUCUUGGACUGUUGGGAUCAUUGCAUCAAGAUUUACAGCUACCACCUGAGAAGAUAUUCCACCCCUUAGGGAAUGAGACCGUGAGCUUCUGGACCCCAGCCGACUUCCCUUCCCCCACUCCUUGGUGGUUGGUGGUCCGUGAGAGUAGACCGGCCUCUGUCCUCAUUCCAGCUGGCUAGUUGUAGCGUUUUAGAAGCUCCUUUAGGUUUUUUGUUUGCAUUAUUUCCCCCCUAAAUGUAGAGCUUUUUGAUGCGUUGCCUCAAACAAGACUCAUGCUGGGAUUAGC